AGGUGCUGUGCGGUAUGUGGAUUAGGUCAAGAUACUCCACCUCUCUGGUCUGGUUGAUAACAUCGUUCCAACAAUAAGCUUGCCGAUCGGGAAACUAUUCUCAAGAGAUUGAACGAGCUCUACGGAAGCCCUGUCCGAGAUCAGUAUGCUCACAUCCCUGAUCCCAACAACAAGACCGACGAUGAAAAGGAAAGAGAUGAUUAUGUCAUUACUCUCGUCUAUGACCGAUAUGCUUUGGGUGGCUCGCCCUAUACCAUUAAUGUCUUUUUGGGCGAAGUAUCAGUAGGUUCAUACGGUGGACCAGGCUCACAGGGGUUUGUUGGCAGUAUCUACAACUUUAGCGGCUCCCUGAAAAAUUGCCCAAAAUGCAAAAAGCAGGCCGAGGAAGGUGUGAAAAGUAUUGCACAAGUUCCGGCUACCAUAGCCGCUCGCCACUUUAUCCGGAACAAACUUGAAGUACCACAGCCUAGAUACGUGGUAUUGAACACCUUAGGACGGGCAGUAUCAAUGGAUGUCAAGAUCAAGCUUCACAAGGCUAACAGGUCGUUCUAUAAGCACCCCGUGCGACCAGACCCUAGAGACCCUUUGACUUAUGUGCCUAUCAAGGAUGGGAAACAAGCAGAGAUUGUCCCCUCUACUUAG